AAAGGAAAUCUGAUAGAUCUGGAAAUAGAGAAAGUGAGAGAUGCAUCACCAACGCUCCGCUGCUCUAAUCAACCAAAGAUUCUUUACUUGCUGUUUCAAGUUCCAGAUGAUGAAGAUAGAUUUCAAACAUCAUCAGAGACUUUGUCCCUGUGAUUCCAAAUCUAUUUUUUCUGAUGGUGUUCCUUUUUGAGUUUUAUGGGUUUAUCUUAUUAUUUUUCUUAGAAUAUUUUGCAUCAGUUGAGACUGAGGCGUGGUGAUGAAAAAUGUCAGAUUAAUCAUAUGAGAAUAGAUGAUGAACUCAACUGUACACUCAUUCUGGCUUAGUUCUGAACACUUUCAAUCUCAAUUCGUAUAAUGAGAUUUUUUUGGGUUUUUAUAGUGAGGUUUUGAUGUGUGUUUUCUAAAGCUCAUAUUAGAUCCUAAACUAUUGACUGUUUGAUUUGCAAUAGUAUUUUUUGAGGUUAGAGAUACUUUACAACUAUUAUUUUGUAGCUAUUUAGUUUUGCUUGUUCAUAUUCAAGUGAUGAAAUUGGAUUCACCAUUCACGACUGUCAUCAAAGACUAUGUCUUUGUGUAGUUGUUGAUCUGAAAUCUAUUUUUUCUGAUGGUUUUUAUUUUUUGGUUUUUAUAUUUUUAUCAAUCGUCUAAUUUCCCCUUUUCAAGGUGUCUCUCAGUUUCUCUUCGAUAAGUAAGUAAUACAGGGUUUUUGAAUUAUCAUUAUUUUACUUUAUUUAGAUUGAAUUGAAGGUGUUAUGUAGCUGGGUUUUGCUUUUAUUUGUAUUCAAAUUGAUUAAAUUUUGAUAUGUUCCAGGUUGGGGUGCAGUUAACUAUCGAAGGGUUGCAACUUUUGGUCAUUCAAGCAAGAAGGGUGAUGGCUAAGUUGGAAACUUACACGAAACUCACAAAUGUUAUGGUUGUUGCGGGUGCUUUCCAAUUGGUGGUACCUUUUAUGAGCUCCACUUUAAGGAAAAUUAUGUGUACAAUGAGCGGCGGCAGACUGCAUGGAUUAUCCCCUGCCUUCUGGCAUGCCUUAUUGUUUUCUGCUUUGUGUUGCAUAUGUGCACAUUGGCCACCAUCGCAGAAUUCAACAGGAUGAGUUCCUUUUUUUUCAUUCUUCAGAUGCCAAUAUCUGCUUUGCCUACAUUUGAAAACCUAACACCAUGCGUCCAAUUUUUCUUUGCUGAACUGGAUAUGACCCAUUGAAUUCCCUAUAGCUCGACACAAAAUUACAGUGGUUGGGUUGGUGAACUGGAUUUGAAUAAUUCACAGCCCUAUAGUUCAACCCUGCCCUAGAAUGGAUGUUGAAUGAACUUGAUAGUGAAGCUGGUAGAGGCCUAGCUAAAGCUUCUUUUAGUAUCGUAGACCCUUCAUCAAUUGGCAUAAUUAGUGAGACAGUUUUUUGCUUUGUGUGCCCAUCACAAGAUCUCAACAUUUUCUGAUAUUGGUAAAUUAAUGCAUAAUUUUUAUUUUUGUGUAAGGUUUUUUACGUCAAAGAUAGCUUGCUGUUCCUAAGGGCCAUCUAAUCGAAUAAGGCUUUUGCACAAAUGCAUCAGACCAUUGGCUUGACAGAGAUCCAAGUGCCUUUUGGGAUGCAUUCCAUCUGUUAAAAUCAAUUGAUUUUGAUUUUUAGACGCAUAUUUUGAAUUCUUUGCUGUUAUUCUCCAAUGUCAUCUGUUAUACUAAUUUGCAGUCCAUAAUCUUGCAGGUUCUUCAAAUUUGUUCUCAGAUCCGCAGCAGCUUAUCCAAACACCUCGCCACAACUACCUACAAAACUUUCUCCUGGAUAUGUGAGGCUGAAGAAGGAAAACCAUGGAUGGCCUACUUCUCGAAAGCGGAACGAAUUAGAUUCCACGGGGACCAUUUGACUUUAACAGUUUGGACGUGUUAAUGCUUGGUGACAAUGUUGGGAUUUUUCUUUUAUUUGUAUUCAAUCAAAAUUUGCAUCUAUGAUAAUCUCCUGAUGUUAUACAUGUAGCAGUGUGGUAUGUGAUGCGUUGAAAUUUGAAUUUAUAAAUUGGUCAUUUCCAUUGCUUAAAGAUGUUGUUGUUGGAGAUGGGAAUGCUGAAUUAGCAUCUGAACAACUUAAGAGUUUCUUAAUGCUGGAGAUGAAGUUGUAACUGAAAGAUGUGUUUUACCAGCUUGGGAGUAAUUCAAAGAUUUUGUUUGGAAUUGAAAUUAAAAUCAAAGCAGAUGUUGAAGUAAAAGGAUCAAGUAAAGCGUUCUUAGCCUCAUCUUCAACAACAAUGAACCAGAAUGACCCUCUACUGGCAGAGAUACAAGACGGAUAUCAGCCAUCUAUUUUAAACAUGAGAAUACAGAGGUUCAAACGCGGUUGUCCUGGUCCAUUUACAUUGAAAAAAUAUGUUUUGACUGACAACGGAAGCAGCAAUGACAACAGCAUCAAUGGAAACUCUACAAAACCCUCAUCAAUCGUAAGUUUGUUUAUUCAAUCCCUAAAACUUGUUAACUUACUGUGUUUUGAUGAAUAAGGUCUGGUGGUGGACUAAAAACGGUGAAGAAGUUGAGCUUAUUGAAAUCGUUAACUAUACCUGGAGGAAUGACUAUAUCUGAUGCUUGUCAAAGGAUGUCUGCUCGAAGAGUUGAUGCAGUGCUUCUUACUGAUGCAAAUGCUUUAUUCUCUGGAAUCUCUACUGACAAGAGGGGUGCAGAACAAGGUAGUGUAAUUGCAGCAGCUGUGGGAGGGGUGGAAUGCUAGUGAGAAGAUUAAUCUGGUAAUGGCACUGAUUGCUUAUGUGAUGGAGCUCGAAGGAAAGUAUGGGCCACGUCUCAUUACUGUAUCUAAUGCUGUUUCGGUUGAUUGUUGGAUUCCCCCACCCAAGGCCCAAGAUGUCUAAAAGGAGUACUACCAAUUUUAAUCAAGGGAUAAUGGCACCAGGUGGAGUUGGACCCCCUCGCACAUCACACGCAGCCUCUCAGUUGUCACGCACUGAUCUGCCAAAGAUUAACAAAGGAGGAAGAGGGGAUGCUCUUAAUGCAAAGCUUAAUGAUCACAUAAGGAAAAAGAAAGAAAAGCCUACAAUAACGAUCAAACCAGGUAAUAAGAUUCCAACUGGGGAUUGGGCCACUGAAUUCCAAACUGAAAUAGGAAUCAUCGUCAAAAAGUUUGCACCGUGGUCGACUCGCCCCAAAUGGAAGUCAAUUGGAAAAUCAGAUCUGAAGAAAUUUUAUGAUCUCAUAUUGGAAAAAUUCACUAUUGAUCUACAUGUAGUACGCAUUCAGAAGGCGGUCAACACAAUGCUAGCAAAUGAGUACAGACAGUUCAGAUGCACACUUCACAAACACUACCUGCAGUACAAACAAGAUGGAACAGAACGGGAAAACCCGCAUCAUCAGGUUAAGCAGGAGGAUUGGCAGAAACUUUGCACUUGGUUUGAUUCUGAUGAGUUUCAGACAAGUAGCACUCAAGGUAAAAAAAAGUCGACAAGCGAAUACAACCAUUCAUUGUACGGGGUCAACCUUUUGCCCGCUAUAGAGAGGAAAUGUGUGAUCCAGAAACAGGUGAAGUUGUUGAACAAAUUGAAUUCUACAAGUUAACCCACUGCAAAAAUGAUGUUUGGACGUGUCAUACGGCGGAGGAGAACUAUGUAAUCCAAGGAUUUUCGUUGUGAUUUUCUUUUAAGUUUUUUGUUGAGAGUUAUUAUUUAGUUUUAGCAUAUGUUCUGCUAUUUAUUGUUAAUUAUUGUGUAGGGUAAAAUGCUUGAACUCCGAGCUGCGCCAACACCUGAAGGUUCAACACCCUUGACCGAUGCUCAAAUAUGUGAGGAAGUGCUAGGUGUAAGAUCCGGUUAUGUCAAGGGUCUUGGUCAUGGGUAUGAAAAACCUAGCUCGUCUAGCAUCGAAUAUAAUGCGGAGUUAGGCGAAGAUCUUAGGAGGGCAGAUGACGCAGAGAAGAGAAAUAAGGAACUUGAAGAAAGAGUUGAUGAUCAAAAUCGCACAAUACAGGGGCUGGUAACUGACACAAUGGAUAUAAGAAGAAUGUUGCUUGAAAUGCAGGGAAACCGUCAAAGCACUCCUGAGAACAGUCAAAGCACUCCUGAGAACCGUCGAACCACCUCUUGAGAUGAUUGUUGAGGGACCAACAGUUGAGAUGCGCAUCUCUGUUUCUUUUUUUAGCUUUAUGUUUAGUGGUAUCGUUUCUUUUCUUCAGUUUAGAAUGUUAAGUUUCUUAAUUAGUGGUGUCAUUUAAUGAACAAUGUAGAUCUUUUCUAUUAAUGAUUUGUUUCUUUUC